AUGACCAAUACAAAAGUUCCCUCAAAAUCAUCAGUUCUUCGACGAAAAUCCUUAGCGAUGAAAAGCACCAAACGCCCACUCUCUUACGCAUCCAGCGAUCUUCUCAACAUUGAAGUGCCAAAGAAGAAAAUCAACAGAAGAAAUAGCUUGAUGAAGCUCAAGGAAUUCUUUUCCCUGAAGAAGAACUUUCGCGAAAUCAAGGAGGAGAAGGGCCUCAAGGUCUUCAGAAGAAACAACUCGAUUCAUAGUAUUGAGUUUUGGGAAGACUGA